AUGGCAGUCUCUGCUACAUCUCAGGCCUACUGGCUUGCUUUGGUCAGGGCAGAAGCUGAGAGAGUCAGAGUAAAUGAGACCAUUGUGUUUACUUUGUCCUUGUUUCUUUUCCAGGUGUCCCUGGAUUUCAGCAUCGGUACUUUUCAUGUUGAGGUAAAAGAAUGGAAUGAAAAAGGAAUGGAGAGAUGGAAAUCCCAUCGGAGGCAGAAACGAGAAUGGAUUAAAUUUGCUGCUGCCUGUAGGGAAGGAGAAGAUAAUUCAAAAAGAAACCCAAUUGCAAGAAUACGAUCAGACUGUGAAAACACGCAGCCAAUUAUAUAUAAAAUAAGUGGAGUAGGUAUUGAUCAACAUCCUGUGGGAGUAUUUGUCAUCAACCAGAAGACUGGUGAAAUUAAUAUAACAAAAAUAGUAGAUCGAGAGGAGACUCCAAUGUUUGUGAUUCACUGUCAUGCUAUAAAUAUUAUGACUGGAAAAUCAGUAGAAACACCUCUUGAUCUUCGUGUUCGCGUUCUGGAUAUAAAUGACAAUCCACCAAUAUUUACACAACACAUGUUCUCAGGGUCAAUAAUAGAAAGCAGCAUGGAGAAUACAUUUGUAAUGAAAAUAACUGCUACAGAUGCUGAUGAGCCAAAUAAUUUAAAUUCCAAAAUUGCCUACAAGAUUGAAAGCCAGAGUCCUCCAGGCCCAUUACUGUUUAUCUUGAACACAGAGAAUGGAGAACUUCACAUUGCAAAAGCUCUUGAUAGAGAGGAACAAAGUCAAUAUACUCUUGUUGUCAAAGCCUCAGAUAGAAAUGGAGGGCCAGAUGGAAUAUCAUCAGAAUGUUUGUGUCAGGUUAAAGUUCAGGAUGUGAAUGAUAAUUUUCCUACUCUUUCACAGAGCUCGUUUUCAGUAUCAAUUCUAGAAAAUUCAUUGAGUCAGGAGCUGCUGAGGAUACAGGUAUUUGAUGCAGAUCAAGAAUUUACAGAUAACUGGUUUGCAGAAUUUUUCUUUAUCUCUGGAAAUGAAAACCACAACUUUGAGAUCACAAUAGACAGAACGACUAAUGAAGGUAUCAUGAGUGUUGUAAAGGAAUUUGAUUAUGAACAAUUUUCAACCAUAAACAUUAAUAUUGGUGUGCGAAAUAUCGCCCCUUUCCACUCUUCAGUGGCUUCUCUUUAUCAACCUAUUGGAACCCCAAUUGUGGUACGGAUAACUAAUGUAAUUGAAGGACCAGCUUUUCGUCCAUCUACACUGACCAUCACUGCAUCUGAGAGCUUAACAAGUGAAACUAUACUCACUUACACUGUUGGGACAUUCCAAGCCAUUGAUCAGGAUACUGGAAAAGUUGCCACAAAUAUUCGGUAUGAGAUAGGCCGUGAUCCUGCUGCCUGGUUUCAAAUCAAUCCUCAAACAGCUGUGAUCACCUUUAAGAAAACUAUUGAUCGAGAAUCAAUUUAUGUAGUCAAAGGAGUAUACACAGCAGAGGUGCUUGCAAUUACCAGAGACAGCCCUUACACAACAGCCACUGGCACUAUUAUGCUUACUAUUCAAGAUGUCAAUGAUAAUUGUCCCGUUGUGACUGAGGAGAUCAGGAGAGUAUGUAUGGACAAUCCAAACGUGGUGAUCACAGCUAAAGAUCCAGAUGAUUCUCCAUAUGGACCACCCUUUAAAUUUAGUAUUGUCACUCAGCCUCAAGACAGCUCAUGGGAUAUCAAAACGAUAAAUGUUACUUCAGCAGCUCUGUUCACUAACAACAUAGAGUUCAUAAUUUAUGAGGUCCAAGUCAAAGUGAUCGACAACAGUGGCAAAAGCUGUCAAAGGCCACUGGUAAUUCCUCUGCAGGCCUGUCACUGUGAUCAAAAUGGAAUGUGUAUCAAAAUGGCUACCAAGAGAGUCAAAAUUAUAAUUAUUGGUGGCGGUGGAGCCGGUGGAGGAGCGGGUGGUGGAGGAGCAGGUGGUGGUGGAGCAGGUGGUGGAGGAGCAGGUGGAGGAGGAGCAGGUGGUGGAGGAGCAGGUGGAGGAGGAGCAGGUGGUGGAGGAGCAGGUGGUGGAGGAGCAGGUGGUGGAGGAACUGGUGGAGGAGGAGCAGGUGGAGGAGGAACAGGUGGAGGAGGAACAGGUGGAGGAGGAACAGGUGGCAUUGACUGGGGAACAGGUGGUGGUGGUGGUAUAGGUGGCAUUGAUGACACACAUGGGCAUGGUGGCACUAGUGGGCAUGCUAUUGAUGUAGGAGGAGCGAAGCAAAAUGGUGGAGAAACUUCUCUUAGUGCUGCUGCCAUUGGCCUGAUGCUUCUUGGAGGAUUAAUAUUUGUGUUGGUACCAAUUCUGAUGUCACAGAGUGAUUGUUUGGGUUAUCUGGGAUCCAGACAGGCUGGUGGAGUGGGAGCUGGAUUUGAGCCUGUGCCUGAAUGCACAGAAGGAGCUAUCCAUUCCUGGGGAAUUGAAGGAGCACAGCCUGAAGACCGGGAUGUGUCAAAUAUCUGUGCACCAGUAACUGCUGCAAGUAAAGGGGAGUUUGCAGAUUCUUCAGAUAUCUACACAACUAAAUAUGGUGAUGGAAGAAUGGUGAGUUCAAGAGUUGAAGAAACAACAGGACUUGGAGCAGCAAAAGGCUAUGGAACUACACUUGGUUAUGGGACAACCACUGGCUAUGGGACAAUGGGACGGAAAGAUACAUUUGGAGGAAUAAAAGAAUACCGAGAAAGUGGUGUGAAUAUGGCUUUCCUAGACAGCUACUUCUCUGAGAAAGCAUUUGCCUACGCUGAUGAAGAUGAAGGCAGACCUGCAAAUGAUUGUCUCCUAAUAUAUGAUCAUGAGGGCAUAGGCACUCCUGCUGGUUCCAUUGGCUGUUGCAGUUUUAUUGGGGAUGAUCUGGACGAUUCCUAUUUGGAUACACUGGGUCCUAAGUUUAAGACCUUGGCAGAGAUCUGCUUGGGAAGAGAGAUUGAGCCCUUCCCAGAUCCCAGUAUGCCUCUACCCAAUCCUGAUAUUGAGGUAAAUCUGCCACCACCUGGAACCACAAUUGUUGUUAACACAUCUUCAUCUAUGCCUCAACCUACUGCCUUUGGUGGUACCACCGUUGUUAGAGAAAAUACUUACACAACUACUUCCAAUGUACAACCUCCAAGGCCAAUACCUGAUCCUAUGCUCCAUGGUAACGUAGUUGUAACAGAAACAUAUACUUCAGGUUCAACAAUGAAGCCCCCCACACUUAAUGUUGAUUCUCUGAGUGGAUCAAAUGUUGUGGUUAGAGAAAGAGUGCUGGCUCCUGCCCCAGUCACCGAUAUCCAUGGCAUGAUAGAUAUUCCUGACCUACCAGGUGGGUCAAAUGUUGUGGUCACAGAAAGAGUAAUUGCUCCUAAUUCAAGGUUACCAGCUUCUUUGAGCAUUCCCAAUCUGACCGAAGGGUCAAAUGUAGUUGUGACCGAAAGAGUAAUUCGACCUGCUGCUAGCGUACAUGGCAACAUGACCCUCCCUUCUGACAUAUCAAAUGCCCGUAAUGUGGUUGUAACUGAAAGAGUUGUGUCUGGAGCAGGAGCGAGUGGUGGCCCUGGAAAUCUAAGUGGUGGUCCUAAUCCAUUGUUGGCUUCUGAUAAUCUUCUUAGUCAAACAAUUGGAACAGUUUCUCCUGGUACAACUCGAAGAAGGGUAACAAAAUACAGCACUAUACAGUAUUCUAAUUAAUAAAGAUCACUUGUGACUACAUGUUUCCCCUACCCCUUUUUGUUUUUUAGAUUUGCUGCUAAAUAAUGUUUUUAUUAUUUAUAGGUAGCAAAUCAAAAAAUCAGAGAAAAAGUAUUCUUGUCUGAAACAGAAUCUCCUAACGUUACUUAGUCAUAAGCCAAAAUAUAGGAGCACUGCCAAUUUAAGAAAAUGCUGAUAUAUUGCCUUUGGAAACAUGAUAGUGUACAUAAUGGAGGAAUCACUAACAGGGCCUUUUGUAUAUAUCUGCUGUUGAGCAAUAUUUGGACCAACAUAUCACUUCCUCUUUGUACUUAUUAACACCAUGGUAAGGGAAUGCAACUGUGCACAAAGUGAUUUAUAGGAACUGUAAAAUUCUGGAAUUCCUUACUGUAUUUUAAAGCAGUUGCACAGAAACUGUUCCAAAUUCAGCAUAAUUUAGUUUCAUCUUAAAACAGUUAGUCAACAUAAGCAACCGGACAAAAAAGUGUCAUUAGAAAAAAAUGGCAUAUAUUAAUUCUGUAUCUCUGAAUAAGACCCUGUGUGAAUUACAGUCAAUAUAGCAGUCCUUAAGAAUGACAAUACUCUGCUGUAACAAUAGAAAUAUACAGGUUGUUAACAGAUUUAGGCAGCAUAUCAUGUAUUGUGAAAGUAUUUGUUAAAUUUCAUUUAAAUUUCCAUUUCAAUCAUAUAGCAAAAAACAGCAACAAUCACCUUUAUCUGAUUAUACAGAGAUAAAGGUGCUAUAUGUAAUUUAAACAGAAAUUUGAAUACCAAAAUAUUUUUCUCCCAAGAAAAUAAAGACACAAGGUCUCUACAUGUUUAAAUCCCAAAUGCUGAGCUAUUAAAAUAAAACAUUGCUUCAUUAUUCAGAAUCCAAAAAGCUAUUUCAGACGUAGAAUUGACAGAAAAGUGGUAGAAAUUUAGAUCUAUUCAUUUUUUAAUAAAAAAUCACAAUGCACUAUUGCUAGUCAUUCCCUAUUGAUACAUGAUUAUGAAAAUUUUAAAACAAAUGUUGAUUCCAUUCUCAAAUAAAAGACUUCAGAUGACUUCCCAUCAAUUUUUAAUAAUUUAAUUCUAAUAAAACCCUGCUGUUUCAGAGCAACAGCUCAUAACCAUGUUUGGCAUGAAAAAAUAACACAGUUUUUUAGAACCUGACCUUUACAUUUUAGUUAUGUACCAUAUGUAAACUAAAAGUAGCUCCAAUAUAGAGAAUACACUCCAAUGUAAAUACAGUUGUUAAACACAGGGAAAUUUUCCUCACCAGAUUAUGGUAAACUAUCCCUUUUACCUUUUAUGUACACUAUUAGUUUUGGUAUAGAAUUCUAUAGAAGAGUAAGGAUAUGGGUUUUUGUCUCUACUCCUGGUGUUUAAUUUUCUUCCCAAUUUAACAUGCAUGUUGAUCAUCCCAAAGAUACUAAAUAAGAUGUAAAUAUAAUAGCAAUUUCUGGUAUAUCUAGCAACUUUAUCUAGUAUCCACACUUGAUUUUUCUUUUGCAGAAACCUUCCCAUUCAGCUCUUUUUCCUACAUACAAAAAUAUGACAGUGAUCUGUACCUUUAAUUUGUCUUUAUAUCUUUUUAAAAAAAUCUGCCCAAAGCAACUUGAAACCUUGCAAAAUAUUCAAAUUGUGCAUAUUUAUAUUGUAAUUCUUUCCCAAAUAAUCCUGGAAAUCAUAGUUUCAAAUAUGAGAUAUCUUUCACUUACUUCCCCUAAUUACUAAUCUGAUUAUGUCUUGUAAUCAUUUAAUGAAACACUGCUCAUUAUGUAAUUAUUUAAUGCCACACCUAUUUUGUUACAUGCAGAAAUCACCCCAGUCACCACUGUAUUUGUGCAUAGUUCAAGUAUGAAAAGUUUUAUGCCUGUACAAAAUUAACACCCAUCUUUUAAUUAAAAUCUCUGUUUCAUUCUUGAGCCAGCAUGACACUUCCAUGUGUGUAGAAAAGGGACAGAGCUGUUGUUGCAAUGCUAUAACACUGUUUAUGUUGUCUAACCCACCCCCUUGCUCCCCUUAUGAACUUUGCUGCCCAGGUUUGAUUCGGUUAUAGUAAUACAGGCAGUGGUGGGAUUCAAAUAUGUGAACAACUGGUUCUCUGUGUGGAUGCCGCCUCCAGAAGUCCAUUCUGGGCCUGGGCAACAAAAAAUUAGCUACCGGUUCUGCUGAAGUAGUGCAAACCGGCUGAAUCCCACCACUGAAUACAGGGUAAAGCCAAUGCUAUUAAGUAGUAAUUUAAAUUCCUCCGUUAAAGGGAAUAUUAUUUAACUGUACCCAUGACAAUAUGUUGAACAAUAUACAGAACUGCUGCAACGCUGGGGGCCGAAAUUUUUUUUUGUAUUAUUUGACCUUGUAAGCUAAAAUCCAUUGCAAAUGUUUCUCCACAGGAGGAAUCACAAAGUCUAUUGAUAAAUGGCCUUUUAUAAAUAUAUUUCACAUUUAUAUUUUAUAAAAGGCAUCAACACAAGCCUUAUAGGUGUACUUCUUACAACAUGUGUAAUGAGUUAAAAUAUUAUGACGUCAUAAUAUUACAAGGCUGCAUUUGCAGUCAUUUUUUAAAUUAUUUUUAUUCUUCUGAAAGCAAAUUUUAUGUUUGAAUUCAUGUUGGAUGCAAGUAAUUCCAAUUAAAACAUUUUCAAUGAGCAUCCUUCUAGGAAAUAAUUGUCUUUAACUGCCCUGAUUCUCUUUACAAAUUUAAUACUGAAAAAAUGUAGGCUUUUUUGUUUUCCAAAACAAACAAGUCUGACAUUCAAGUCAAGAUGUCUAAAUCCUUUCUAACCAUAACCUCCCAUCGCUGGUUUUGGGUGUGAUUGCUUUUAAGAAAGAAUGUUUUCUCGGGGAAUGAAAUGUCACAGCUGUGGGAUUACAAUAAAUUUGCACACAAGCGUAAAUUUGAAGAUGUAACAUAAUAUGAAUAAAAUGUCUGGGCAAAUU